UACCGUAAAAUUUUUGGGCAUUGUGCAAAAGAGAUUUUACAUGUUUAUGUUAUGGAUUUCUCUGCAAUUCUGGCUGUUCACAAUUUAUGGCGGAUAGGGAAUUUGUUCAUGGCAAUUUUCUUCUCUCUCGCAUCAUAUGUACAGCAUAAUGAUCCUGAUGCAGGGAUAUGGAUGGUUGCCUAUGGUAUUCCAGCAUUUCUAUGUGUAGCACAGUGUGUGAGGCCAAGCAUAUCUGAUAAUGUAUUAUGGCGUUACAUGACAGCGUUUCAUCUGGUGCUUUGUGCCUGUGGAGAGGGGUAUAUUCUCUCCCAUAUCUACCUGACCAGUGGGGCUGCAGGCAAGCACGCUCAACAGUGGUUUGAAAUGGAAGAAGCAAGAGAAUUUGCUGGGCUUUUUCUGGUCUGUGUAUGGCUGACUUUAUGCUUUCUACAAACCAAGACAAACGGAAUGACUAGCCCUCCCCGGCUGGUGGUAUGGCUCGCUGUCCUUCUUAUCAUAACACCCUUCAUUCUCUGGGCUUCCGUGUACUUCAACAAAGACUUUAAUCAAAUUCAACCAGAUCACUGCAAAGGGUCGCUAAAGAUGCCCAGCUUUCAAAUGUGA